AGUUACUUGAAAUUGCCAUUUGAAUACCUUAUCAAUUACACUGCAUGCUUUCAAUUUACUUGCUGGAGCAGCAAGGAAAGUACAAUGUUUCAAGAGAGCAAAAGGAAGGUGCGGGCCAAUUUUACGGCCAUUUUUGAGAAAUACUCAGACGACACUCCGUCCGAUGUGGUCGACUUGCGAACUUUUAAAAUUGUGAAAGACAGAGGCCAGAUACGGAAUAUGAAAGAAAGGCGUGGUGUUGGAUGCGCUGCAGUAUGGCAAGAGGUGGAGGCUGGCAAUGCUUCUUUGGACAUGUUCGUGGAGAAUGCACCGUUGCCGUGCUGGGCAGACGAUGUUGAAGAGGCUGAAGACGUCGACGUCAAGCACUUUGUUAGUUGUCUGAGGGACAGAAGUGACGCGAUGGUCAAAGUCCUGUCGCAGAAUCGUGCCUUGGACCCGUCCGAGCUUGCUCUUUGGUCAGAAUCAGGCAACACCACAGCAGGUGACAAGUCCUGUCGUGCAUCAUUACCAUCGGCCCAGCACUCUGCAAUCCAGCAGGACCCAGCGUUGUCCGGUUCACCAGCCCCGUCGUCCGCAACAGCCGCACGAUCACCUGUGCGUGCAAUGACACCGUCACCAAAGUGCCUUGUGACACGAGCGGAAGAAUGCGGUGUGCUGCCGAUGUCUGCAACGCCCGAAUGCCCUGCGACGUUAUCGGAGACGGCUGAACGUACUGCGCCUUCCGAGCGCCCUGCAGCAUCAUCACCAGUCGGCACGACCGCAUCAUCAGAAACAACGCAAUGCCCUGCGACACCGCUUCCAGAAUGUAUACCCUCAUCAGCGCAAGGUUAUGUACCGUCGACGCCCACGUCAUCUAUUUCAGCUUGUGGUUCAGUUGUAGACGUCCUCCCGCCUGACCGGACACCCGUCACACAGCCUCUGCCUUCGCACAAACUUCUCCGCUCUGCGUCACGACAGCCGAGCACACCAGCAAACACCAGCACCACCACCAGCACCAGCAGCAGCACCUGUCGUGACCCUGCCACACCUGGCAAACUAACGUCACUGUCGCGGCUGACCUGCGCCCAAAAGCGCGUGAUAGCCAUGCGUCUGCGCCAGCUAUCCCCGCAUUUCUCCGCCUGGCAGCUACGCAGUCGGCGAUGCUCGUCGCUGUGUUCCGACUCCAUUGCCGACGACACUUCACACGUCGGUAGAGCGUCGUCGCCAGUGUGCCCGUUAUCAUCGUGUGCUUCGGACACGCCAACGAGACCUAGAUCGGUGCAUAUGCCUGUUGCGACUCUGCCACUGAACACCAAUCCAGCAGCACCAGCAGCAACGCCAACAGCAGCCACAACAGCAGCACCACCACCAGCAGCAGCAACAACAGCAGGGUCGGUGGCGGCGGCAGAGGCAGUCUCACCAGUGCUGCCAAUGCAGUCAGACUUAUCUAUGGAGACGUCCGUAACAACAGCAAGCACUCCAUCCACGCCACCUUGCCUGCAAUCUAUAAUAGAAGCGGCGGCUGCUGCUGCUGCUGCUGAGACUGCAAAGGCACUGCUUAAAUCGCCAUCGAGGUCUGCGGCAACCGCAUAUCCGCCACUCUCUCGUGUACAGCCACAGCGGCAACCUCGAGUUUGCCACAAAGUACCACCGCUAUCGUCAACGGCAGCAACAACGGCAGCUCUACCGUCAUCAUCGUCGUCGUCUGCAGUUCAGACCAAGCAACAGCAAGGACGAGUUCCACACCAAGAAUCACCAGCAGCACCAUCACCAUCAGUGGCAUUAACAACAACAAUAACAAGAACAACAACGGCUUUACCAAUGCCCGCUCACCCAACCACACAAGUUCCACACCGAGAACAGCAGCGGAAUAACGAAACGGAGCCACGCAUUCUCCGCUCGUCAUCCUAUGUCGUCAGGCGCCAGCCAAGGCUAGCGAGGCGAUUGGCGGAGAUACGUGACAAGUAUCGCCACUGUGCUUGAGACGUGCCUCUCGUCUGCUACUUCACCGCCCGCACGCUUAGGCCAUGUUUAGUUUAUUUGCACUAUCAUGCACGUUGCCGUUCGGUUAGGCCUGCGUAGCUGUACAUGCAUGCACUGGCUUCUCCCCUUUUCUUUUUUUGUUUUGGUGGGAGCAGCUGGACAUUGUUGUCUGUCUCUCUCUCUCUUCUCUCUCCGAGUCUCCUCUCCCCCCUCCCUCUUCAGUGGAUCCAGCAUGCAACCAAUUGUUAUUCUCCGCUCUCUCUUGUCACAGGCAGAAGACCCAAUCCCCUCCCCCAUCCCCAUCUGCUUACAAUACACGGCAGACAUGCAGCCAGUAGAGUGUCGUUCACACAGCCCAGGGCUCAACAUCAAGAUUCCUGCCACAUAGAUUAUUUACAUAUAUCCCCUAUGGUAUUUAUGCUAGUCAAAACAUA